AUGUCAAACAGCACUGAUUGUGGUACUGAUGAUUACGAGAUUUAUUGGUGUAAUUUUGUUUUUCUUCUUAAUAAGAAUAUUUCAAGGUAUGGUAUGGGUCUUAUUUGGCUUAUGGGAAAUUUUGGAUCAACCGUCAAUUGUUUUAUCUUUUGUCAACGACAUCUUCGCAAGAAUCCAUGCGUUAUGUAUUUUUUAGCCUCUAGUGCUUCACAAUUCAUAACGUUCAAUUUCGUUCUUGUCACAAGAAUUCUUUACAUUGGUUUCAAUAUUAAUGCAAUCAAUGUUAUACUUUGGUAUUGUAAAAUUCGCUAUUAUUUUUUCUAUCUGUUUGUUGCUAUUCCACGUUAUUGUAUAAUUUUGGCAUCGGUUGACCGUUAUUUUGCCAGUUGUUCUAGUAUAUUUUGGCGUCGAUGGAGUUCAUCAAAGAUCGCUAUGCGAUUAAUUAUUGGCAGUUUUAUAUUUUGGUGUUUAAUGUAUACUCAAAUUCUUGUCUUUUAUGAAAUUCAAGAUGAUAUCUGCUUGUAUAGACGUGGCGUUUAUGGGAUUUUCUUCAGUAUCUAUCUAUUGAUUGAGAGUGGCAUAUUACCACCAUUGAUGACGCUUAUUUUUGGAUAUCUCACAAUCAAAAAUAUUCGACAAAGCAAACAAAGAAUAAGACCAUUAGCAGUAGCUGGUGUUGUUCAACCUGUAGAAUUUACUAGAAUGUCACGAAAAGAUUUACAAUAUGUGAAAAUGUUAUUUAAUCAAAUAUUGCUUUGGCUUUUUUUGAACUUUCUUAAUCCUUGUGACCUUCUUUAUCAAACAAUAGCCAUCAAUAAAUCGAAAUCAUCUUUCCGUGUAACAGUUGAAACAUUUAUCAAUAAUAUGAGUUAUAUGUUUAUUCAUCUGGAAUUUUCUUUAACAUUUUUUGUAUAUACUUUAUCGUCACCAUUUUUCCGACGUGAAUUCAAGCGAUUAAUUCAAAAGAAAGUAUUACGACGUUUUGUAUCAAAUGCGACUGUGAACAAUAAAGAAUAA